AUGGUGCGGGGGUCGGCCGCGGCGCGCGCGGGCGUGAAGGAUAUCGUAGAUGGCGUGAAGAGCUUCUUCCGGCCUCCGUGGAAGAACACGGGCCCGCCGGCGUCGCCAGAGUGGAAGGAGGCGGUGCCCGACGCCAAAAGCUACCGCGCUGUGGCCCCCGGCAACCAAGCCGUGGCCCAGGUGCCCUGGGCGGAGCCCGAGAACAUCUACGACAUCAAGUACUUCCCCCGCGACAAGCGGCGGUGGGGCUCCGCGGGCGGUCUCAAGGUCACCGCGACGCAGGUGCGGUCGCUGCGCGAGGGCACGGCGGGCCAGGACAUUCCCGGGGGCACCGUCAACACGCGCGGCUACCCUUUCUCGAAGCCGAGCGCGCCCCCGCUCAGCUGGAUGGCCAGGCGCAGCACCGAGGAUCAGCACAACAACGGGUACACGUGA